AACAGGAAGACUGCGAGACUCGGGCGUAAGCAGCGUUCGCGUACUCAGGAUAUAGACCGUAGCUGAGUAUUUUCCAUAGCAGAAAAAAUGCACUAAGUCGUCAUACAAUGGAUUCAAAUAGACGAGUCUGCAACAGGAUCUCUGUUAUCUUCCUUCUUUUAGGGCACAUCGUGACUGUUCCCUUUGGAAAUAAUCAGACAACUAACUCCAGUCUUGACUGUACCAACGACUUUGACGAGCUGAUGUUGUGUCAGCUGGAGCUACAAAACUGCACUGAGUACAGUUUGACUCUCCAGAGUGAAGACGGUAAGAAGAAUUGCUUUUUACAACAGUGUGGCACUGGACAAUGUUGUUGCUCCUUUCAACUGAUACUUGUGCUUGGAGAAACUCACACAGCAUCUAUCUGGAAAGAUGGCAACGUCAUGGAGUCAAAAGUUUUCAGUGUCACAGAGGGCAUAAAACCAAAAACUCCAACAAUCAAAUCAGUCAAUGAACUCGAAGGGAAUUUUGAAGUCAAGUGGACGUCAAACAUGGAGGGAUUUAUAAACAAUGAAAUGACUGCUGUGGUGACUUACUAUAAAAAUGGAGAAACAGAAAAGACAACUGGACAUUUCAAACCAGCCACAGUUGAUGGACUAAAUUACUAUGCAAUAAAAGGUCAAGACCUGGAUCCAAGUUCAGCAUAUGUGGUCAGCGUGAAAAGCUUCAUAAGUCUGAGUGGCAAGUUCAGUGACAGUAGCGAAGAGUGGGAAUUUGAAACUGCUCGCUCCCCACACUACCUGCUCGUGGUUAUCAUCAUCUGCCUCAGUAUUGCUGCCGUCAUCUUAAGCGCUGUUAUGUGUCGCUGUUAUGUCAAGUAUAAAAGAAACUGGUGGGAUGUAGUUACCAAACCUCCAAAUCCAAGCUUUCUUAAUAUCUAUCCAAGCAAGGAACAGGUCUUAAAACCUGAGCCAUCCAUUACUUCCACUAUCUGUGUUGAGCCCCUUAUACCAGAUGACAGUAAACUGGGGUCGAAGAUGUCACUGACAGACACAAGCAGUGGAAGCCUUCAGCAAAGCAGUGGGAUCAGCACGGGCUCCUCCGAUCUCAGUUAUGCGAAUGCCGAACCCCCUGAGACUAUGAACGAAGAACCUCCUAUCACUAAAGCUGUUCAUGAUGUGCUUUCUAAACUUUUCCUGAAUAUUAGCCCCAUAUCACCAGUGACCACCAGUCCCCUUACACAAUUAAUGAAUAUGCAAAAAAGCGAUUUAUGCUCAGCUCCCUACAGUCCGUGUAGUGUCCAAGCUAAUGACACCAGUUCAGGAUCAUCUGUAUUUGAAAAUAAAACCUAUUCCCUCCUAAUUCCCGUCUCUGAACAUCAGGCCAUGACGGGCGACUUGGAGGCACAGGAGAAGGCUGAAAUGCUUUGUGUCCCUGAUUACCAUCCCAGUAAGAGCGACAUGGAAAUUUGUCCUCAUCAGCUGCUACCAUCUUGUCAAGUUCCUGCUCAGCAAGAUUCUGGUUCAUUUCUAAGGCAACCAGACAUGCCAUAUCAAUCCUACAAAGCAGAUUCUGGGACAUUUUCGUAUGAAGAAGACACCAGCUUGUCCUCUGUCUCUAGUGGGACUAACGCAUCUGAUUCUUGUGAAUUUUCAUCCAGAGCUGAGGCAGAGUUUGAGAGCACUGAUGAGGUCAUCAGUGGUAAACCAAAGCUAGGUGAAGAGGUCACAAUUUGUGAUGAAAAUCCCUGUUAUGGUUGUGUGCCUAAAGGGUCAAACAGCUUUCUUGCAAUGGAUGAUGACUACCAGGCACUUCCAAGUCUGGAGAAGCAACCUGAUAUUUUGCUUUUAGAGCAAGGAAAUGGUGAGUACGAAAAAUUAUUCAAAAAGACUCCUCAAAGCAUCUUAAGUGAAGUCUUUCCAGGUUUUAUCCACAAUGUCCAGGGCGGGCAGCUCCAAAUACCUUUCCCCCCCUUAAUGUCUGUUGACCACUCUGUGCCAAUAAUUACAGAUGCUGGCUAUCAAGCUGUGUAGCACUGUGACUGUGACCUAUGUUUCAUUCUUGUACUUGGAAACGGUUUUAAAAUUAUUGUAACUCAAGAGCCAUUUAGUGUCUGUUUUUUGCAUUGCAUGGGAUCUUUACACUGUAAGUCCUGCUUUUACAUAUAAAUGUAUACAUUUUUCAAUAUAGAGCAUCCACAGGUAUUCAUUCUGAAAACAUUUCAACUGUAAAUACUUUCUUUCUGAUGUUUUUGAUUGAAAAUUGUGAAGUAUCCAUGAAAUUUCCACAUAAAAUGACCGAUAUCAGAUAUCAACCUGUAGCCUUAAUAUUUUCAGUAUUUGUUUUCUACAAAGGGAUAGGCAAAACAGCUCCUAUCACAUCAUUUAUCUACAUUCCACAUCUGAUAUUGAACAAAGUGAAUUUUCUUUCUUCUUUUUGUUCAGUUUGGUUUGUGUUGCCGUUUGUUUUUAAAUGUCAUUCUGCAUUUCUUUUUGAAAACACAUUCCUUAAAUGCAUAAAGGCUGAGAUGACUAAGCUGUAUCAAAUCUGUCUAAAAUGUCAACUCAGUAAUCCUCUUGAGCCAUUUUAGAGUUUUCAUUUAAAUCUCAGUUUAAAAGAAUAGAAAAGAUAGACAAUUUGCCCAUUAAGUCUAAACCUUUUAAGUAGGAAUUACAUUGGAAAUGGCUGCACUCUCUGACUAAAACAAGCCGCAACACUUAUCUGCCCUUCAGGGCUGCUGUUCAGAGUUAUGAAAUUACUUCCUCAUUGCUCUUCUUUGGAACUGUUGAUCCGUUUCCACAGAAGCACACGUCAUCGCCUUCAGCAUGUUGUAGUUGUCAAAAUAAAAACAUAGUUACUUUUUAAUAUAUGCAACUGAAAGAAACAACUUUAUUCUGUAUUUGGGUGAUGUGAAUCUUAAUAUCACAAUUUUCUGUUGUAUAAAACAGUUCAAAUAAAUGUGAAUACUUCUGAGUUGUGUUUCCUUCAACGAGACAAAAAGGUUUGAAUGAUCCACAACAAGCUUUGUCUGCUGUGUGCUUUUGGUAUACCAAAGUAUAAGAUUAUAUCUUAUACAUAAUUGAAUUGACCAUAAUGCAAAAUACAACUGAAAAGUAUAUACCUUAAGUAGGAUACAUGUUAUUUGUAUUUUGGAUCCCCAUGUAGUAAAUAUGUGUACUUAAACAUGACAGUGGACUAAUGUAAACUAGUGUUUAUGUGCUACUUAAAAUAAAGACAUCAAGCAUU